GCAAGGAAACAGCAGCUGUUUGCAGCAGUCUCACAGAGUCUCCCUGUAUCUCGUCAACAUGCCUGAGUCUGGAACCUGCACCUCUAUCAUCAACCUGCGUUACCAGGAUGGCAGCGAGGGGAGCCCCUCCAACCCCGCCAAGUACAAGAACCAAGACUAUGCUCAGCUGAAGGAUAACAGCCUCCGCAGAGGGAGGCUGUUUGUGGACAGCACCUUCCCACCUGGCACCCGUUCUCUGGGAGACCUGCCUAAUCUGGCCAGCUGGCAGGAGGAAGAAGUGGAGUGGCUUCGUCCAGCUGACAUCUUGAAAAGGCAGAACAAUAGCGAUGAGCCGACUUUCUGCAUGAAGGGCGCCUCACGCUUUGACUUUGGUCAAGGCAAUAUUGGUAACUGCUGGUUUUUGGCUGCUAUCUCCGCACUGACGAUCCAAAAACACCUGAUGGCGCAGGUGGUGCCCAUGGACCAGUCCUUCAAAAACUACGCAGGAAUAUUUCACUUCAGGUUCUGGAGGUUCGGCAAGUGGGUGGAUGUUGUCAUUGACGACCACCUGCCAACGUACAACAACCAGUUGCUGUCUGUGCACUGCAAUGGAGGAAAUGAGUUCUGGGUUCCUCUGCUGGAGAAGGCAUAUGCCAAAGUGUGUGGCACAUACGCAGACAUGAACGCUGGCCUGCCAUCAGAGGCCUGCAAGGACUUCACUGGAGGCGUGAACAUGACUUACGAACUUGGGGACGCCCACACAACCGGCCAUGAUGAGCAGCUGUGGCUCCAGCUGAGCAGAGCCACUGGGUGCAAGUCCAUGGUUUGCUGCGGCACUGCCCCAAAAGGGGGUAGGCUGGUGAACACUGUAGCCCACACUGGAUUGGUGGAUGCCCAUGCCUACUCCGUCACAGCUGUCACUGAGGUGGAGUAUUACGGCUCCAAAGUGCAGCUGGUGCGAGUCAUGAACCCUUGGGGCAAAACAGAGUGGAACGGGAAGUGGAGUGACAAGUCAGAUAUGUGGAACAGAGUGAGACAGGAGGAUCGAGAGAAGUGCUUUGAUCGUGACGAUGGAGAGUUCUGGAUGGAGUUGGAGGACUUCUGUCACUAUUUCAACAUGGUGUCCAUCUGCUGCGAGAACCCCAACUUUCUCGAUGGUGACCUCACCUGCCAGUGGAAAUGCAUGAUCUAUGAUGGCAGCUGGGUGGCAGGGAGAACUGCAGGUGGCAGCUUGUCUAACUCUACCUUUGCAACAAAUCCUCAGUAUCGCAUCCAGGUGACAAUCAUCAACAAGCAGGAGAAAGAGGACAAAAACAUCCUGCUUUCUCUGAUGCAGAAACCUCAGCAGGAGAAUCGCAAGGAGAGACAGUCUCACCCGAUUGGAGUUACCAUCUUCAAGGUUCCAUCAGGGACCCGACAGGGACGCCUGGGAUCCUCCUUCUUCAACAGAAACAAUCCUUUGAAAUCAAGGCAGCUGUACACCUAUCAGAGGGAUCUGAUUGAGCUGCACAGUCUGGAGCCUGGGGAGUAUGUGAUCAUCCCCUCCACCAUGAAGCCCUACAUGUCUGGAGAGUUUGUUCUCAGCGUCUUCACCAAGUCUGAGGCGAAGAUCAGCCCCCAUGAUGGACAUGAUGAUGAGGAUGAAGAUCAUGAUCAUGAUCAUGAUCAUGAUCAUGAUCAUGAUCAUGAUCAUGAUCAUGAUCAUGAUCAUGAUGAUGACCAUGAAGAGGAGAAACUGGUUCUCCCCAAGAUCCCCACAGACGGAGACGGUGACCAGGACUCCACCCGCACCCUGUUCAACCGCUACGCUGAUCAGAACGGCGAGCUCAGUGCCAGACAGCUGCAGAAGCUCCUCAAUGACAACUUCCCUCACGGAACCCGGUACGGCUUCGGUCUGGAUACCUGCAGGAGCAUGAGCGCCAUGGUGGAUACCGACCAAAGGAUGAGCACGAGCUUCACUGAAUUCUCUGUUCUCUGGAAGAAGAUUCACGAUUACAAGAAAAUCUUCCAUCGCGCUGACUUGAAUCAGAGUGGAUCCCUGUCUGACUAUGAGCUCCAGAGGGCAAUUGAGGCUGCAGGGAUGAAUGUGAACGAUGGCAUGGUGAGGCUGAUGAUGUUCCGCUACUCGGGCGUCUCCUCCACCUCCCUGGAGAACUUCAUUGUUCUCAUGUUGCGCCUGGAAAAGACAUCAAGUAUUUUCAAGAACAAGUCAUCCAAUGGAGUGAUCCACCUGACCUGGGACGAGGCAAGUUUAUCUCCUCUUAAUACCACUUAUGCAUGUUUUUCAAGAUAUCCAACAUUCACAAAGAUAACAUAUGGCAGAAAUAUUCAUAUCAUCUACUGAUUUAAAAGUAGCAAUACUACAAUAUUAAAAUACAAAUACAAUACAAGUAAAGUUGGUCAUGGUGUCGCUGUUUUUUUUAGUUAACUGUUGGGUAGUUUUAUCAUAUAUUAACAAUGCAUCAUAUUUUAUGACCACUUCAUAUUUUGUGUAAAAAUGUUUAAAACUGUAGAAGGUAAAGCAGUGUAGUGUGCAGCCCAUUCUCAGCAGAAAUCAAUCAGUCAUUAAAAUCAUUAAAGAUACUAAUAUUUCUACAAACUACCUUUCCUUUUGUUUCAGUGGUCCAACAUCUCCCUGUACAACUAGAACAAACCCAACACAGAGGCACAAGAGACACACUGAAGAUUCCCGCAAUCCAACAUUACUUAUAUUGGAAUUCAUGUCUCUCCUGCACAAAACCUGUAAAGCUGUAACAACGUUUCUGUGAUCACAUGAUCCGUGUGAAAUAAACGUCGUUACCUUCCGA